AUGUCCUCUGCCAAUUACAUGUCUCCCUCUUCCUCGACGACGCCAACAUGGCAUCAGUUCGAACGGAAGGUCGAGGAGGUGAAACCAUCCAAAACUGAUAUCAAUUAUCUAGUCAUGGAUUAUUUAAUCACCAACGGCUACCCAGCUGCUGCGAAGAAAUUCGCACUAGAGGCCAACAUCCAACCCAGAGCAGAUAUCGAGUCGAUUCAGGAAAGAGUUGACAUUCGUACUGCAAUUCAUUCUGGGAAUAUCCAAGUUGCCAUUGAAAAGAUCAAUGAGCUCAACCCACAGAUCCUAGAUGAAAAUGCCCCUUUACAUUUCGCAUUGCUGCGACUGCAGCUAGUGGAGUUGAUUCGCUCAUGCACCUCUUCCCCCGAUGGCGAUAUCAGCCCUGCCCUUGAGUUCGCGACCUCGCAACUCGCACCGCGGGCACCCACCAACCCACAGUUCCUUGAGGAUCUUGAGAGGACUCUGGCACUCUUGAUCUUCCCGAUGGAUAGCCUGUCCCCGUCACUUGCCCCUUUACUACACCCCGACCUUCGUAAGGAUAUAGCCAACCGCGUCAACGAAGCCAUCCUGCUGAAUCAAGGCGCUCGUAAAGAGGCCCGGCUACGCAACCUGGUCAAAUUGCGCGCGUGGGCCGAACAGAAAGCCCGGGAGGCUAAGAAGGAUAUACCCGAGAAGCUGGACCUCGGACUGGGCGAUAACCCCAACACCCACAACAGUAAUCCCUUGGCCAGUUCGACCAGUGCUAGCCACAAUGGCUCUAACGACACCGUAAUGACCAAUAAUGGGGAUAUCGACCCCAUGAUCUCAUAA